AUGGUGCCUGCUGCCCUAGGACUGCUGAUGCUGGUGGCAGUGCCUGAAUUUUUAAUUGGCCUGGUUGGAAAUGGAGUCCUUGUGGUCUGGAGUUUUAGAGAAUGGGUCAGAAAAUUCAAGGGGUCCUUAUACAACCUCAUUGUCCUGGGCCUGGCUGUCUGCUGAUUUCUCCUGCGUUGGUUGAUUAUAGUGGAUUUAAGCCUGUUUCUGCUUUUCCAGAACAGCCAUUGGCUUUGCUAUCUCUGGGUCCUGGUAAGCCAGGCCAGCCUGUUUGCCACUUUACUCGGUGUCUUCUACUGCAAGAAAAUCACGACCUUCGACCUUGUCUACUUGUGGCUGAAGCAGAGGGCCUAUUGCCUGAGUCUCUGGUACCUCAUGAUCAGUUUGUUACUUGUAGCCCACAUUGGCUUAAAGCCCUGCAAUCCUUCCCGAGGAAACAGCAGCAUUCUAUAUCCCUUUUCAAACUGGCACUCUCUGUAUAUAUUACGUCUCAGUGCAGGAAGUAGGGUGCCUUUCACGGUGUUUCUUGUUUCCUCUGGGAUGCUCAUUGUCUCUUUGUAUAGACACCACAGGAAGAUGAAGGUCCAUACAGCUGGUAGGAGGGAUGCUCGGGUCAAGGCUCACAUCAGUGUCCUUCAGUCCUUGGGCUUCUUCCUUGUAUUUUACAUGGUUUACGUCCUGGCUAGCCCCUUCUUCAUCACCUCCAGGUAUUCUCCUGCUAAUCUCACCACUGUCUUCAUCUCUGAGACACUCAUGGCUGCCUAUCCUUCUCUUCAUUCUGUCAUAUUGAUCAUGAGGAAUCCCAGUGUGCAGCAGAUUUGUCAGAGAAUCUUGUAGAAGACAGUGUGCGCUUGGAGAUCCUGGGGCCUGUGA